AUGGACUCUUACCUGUCCGUUCCGCUACUCCAAAAACACUCCGCAUCGCCGGCAUUCCGGAAUACAACGUACUUUGCGGGUUUUAUCUUGGCGGCCUGUGUACUGUACCUGGGCUCCGGGCUGCUACUAACGACAGAAGAGAAUUUGGUGACGGUACACCAAGAAGGGAUUCUGGAUGCAGCGCCGGCAUGGAAGAGCUCUGAACACAGGGAAAUCACGGAAAAGACGCCUGUAAUUCUACUACAUAGCAUCGAAGCCACGGAGCCGAUUCAUGAUCUCGAGCUAAAUUUGACAAUUCCGAAAGCGUUGAACGACACCGGAAUCGGCCUCACCUACUGCCGAGUCCCCAAAACUGGCUCUACCAUCAUCCACACAAUUCUUUGCGACCUCCUCCGGAUGUUGCAUGGCAUCCAAUUUGAGCAGAAAUUCGAUGCAGGCCUGGAUGGGGCAAACCCAUGCUUCCUCAACGACAGCUUCAUCCACAACGGCAUCGCCACAUGGCCGGUGAAAAACCCGCCACUACUCUUUACGGUUGUGCGAGAUCCGAUCGAUCGAUUCGUGUCAAUUUAUGGCCAUUUUUGCGUUACCAACAGCCAGUGCGGCGACAAGACGAUUCAUCAAUUUGCCGAAGAUGUCUAUCUAUCCUACACCGGGCACAUGUCGUUUGUCACCGAGAAUCCGAUCGUCAGGCUUCACGCUUUUCCACAUACCGAAUUCUGCGGCCUCUACCAGGACCACAAAAAGUACGAGGUCAUCUACUACUCCGAAGAUCGCGAAGACAUGCGACGCCAAUUCCUAAAUAUUUUCGACAAAGCUGAGGUCCCGCGAGCCGCAUCUGAACGGGCGCUAAACCACCUGACCAUGUCGAGCACGUUGCAUGCCAUGAAGAGCGCUAGCAAAAAGGUCGAGAUGAAGAAAGAACUGCUUUCAAACGCGAGAACCGAAAAAGAUUGUCCGAGCCAUUUACCAUUCCGAUUACCGUGCAUU